CCAAGGCUCAGCACAGUGCUAUGCACAAGGUAGGCACUUAAAAAGCAUUUGUGGGCAGGCCCCGGUGCAGACCUGGUCAAGUCCAAGAACCACACCAUGCACAACCAGUCCCGAAAGCAGCACAGAAACGGCAUCAAGAAACCCCGAUCACAACGAUAUGAAUCUCUUAAGGGGGUGGACCCCAAGUUCCUGAGGAACAUGCGCUUUGCCAAGAAGCACAACAAGAAGGGCCUGAAGAAGAUGCAGGCCAACAACGCCAAGGCCAUAAGUGCACGUGCUGAGGCUAUAAAGGCUCUCGUAAAGCCCAAGGAGGUCAAGCCCAAGAUCCCAACGGGCGGCAGCCGCAAGCUCAGUCGACUUGCCUACAUUGCUCACCCCAAGCUCGGCAAACGUGCUCAUGCCCGCAUCGCCAAGGGUCUCAGGCUCUGCCGGCCAAAGUCCCAGGCCAAGGCUCAAACGAAGGCCAAGGCUGCAGGUGCAGCUGCGGCUCCAGCUCAAGCUCAGGCUCCCAAAGGUGCCCAGAACCCCACAGAGGCUCUGGAGUAGAGACCUUUAUCUGCCAAUGUGAGGACAGAAGGACUGGUGUGACCCCUGGGCUGCUGUCUGCAUGGGGCUGGUGUCCUCCUGUGCUAUUUGUACAAAUAAACCUGAGGCAGGAAAA